AUGGAAAAUUACCAAGGCUCUACAAUCAGCCGGGUACCUUUGAUCAGCCGGAGCCCAGGCACCAAUUACUGUGGGAUAAUCGUCAGUCCUCAGAGGCCUGACGAGCUGCAGGCACCGUGGGCACAACGGGUCAGUGACCAGCAGGCAAAGGCCUGGUCAACAGGCUCCCAGAGCCAAAAGCCGACGGUGCCCCUCGUUGAAAUGCUGCAUGAAGGCAGCCAAACGGACAGCAGCACAGUGAAGCGAUUGUUCCCCGCCUGUCGACUCAGCACAGUGGCACUCUCACCAGCCAGACAUCCCUCUCUCCGCAGACCGCUGCAGCGAUGGGAGAGCGUGUGA